UGCAGCUUGUAUCAGAACACUCCCUCAGUGCACCUCCAUGCUGCACAUUCUUUACAGCGACACACAACUCAGACGCUGCGUAGAGAGACCUCCGAAAUGGCAGAAAAAGAGGGUGCAGCUGUUGGUAAUGGGAGGUCACCAGCAGCUCAGUCAGCACAGAGCGGUCUUGCGGCGCCCUCUGCAGACUCGUACGGCAUACUGCAGGACCCAUUCAGCUUCACUUCUCUGGAUUCAAACAGCAACAGAACCGUUCAGCCUUUCCCUCGUUCUCCUAAACUGAAGAAGAAGACGGCCAACGCUGGACUGCCCACUCAGGAGCAGAUGAGCAGACGUUUGGACGAGCUGCAGACGGAGAGAUCCAAAACUGCAGCUCACAUCCAGUCUCUGAAGAAACGCAGGGCAGACCUCUCUAGGAGCACAGAGGUGAUGAAGCAGCAGGUCAGAGAGCGCUUCGAGAGCAUGCGUUCUGUCCUCAGUCAGGACGAGCAGACCGUCCUCGACUCUCUGGAGCUGGACCUGAGACAGACCAGGACCAGACUGGACCAGGUCGUGAAGAACUGGGAGCGGCAUCAGGACCAGGUCUCUAAGAACAUCAGCAGCACCCAGAGAGCGCUGAGCGAGAGCGCGGGGCCGGAGGAGGACGGCGAGGAGAAGGGUCAGAACGAGACUCUGAGUCCGAAGAAGCCGGACGCCUCGGAGAAAGAAAUCCGACUGAAUGACGAGAGACUUGAAAAGCUUCUGAAGACGUUAUCGUCGAUCUCCAAACAGCUGAGAGCUCAGCUGCAGAGGAAGACUCUACUGUUAGAUUCUUCUCACAUGGUGAUCGACAGGCAGACCUGCCACAGCAAGAUCGCUGUGACCUCAGAUGGGCGUGGCUUGUCUUUCUCAGGCUCCGCCCCUUCCGCUCCAGAGCACCCGCUGCAGUUUGACAAGGUGUGCUGCGCCCUGAGCGGGACUCCUCUUGCAGCUCCUCAGAGUUACUGGGAAGUCGACGUCUGCUGCAGCUCGGCCUGGGCUGUGGGCGUGGCCUACACCCGCUUGGAGAGGAAGGGGCGGGACAAGGGAGCUAAACUCGGCCGGAACAGGAACUCGUGGUGCGUGGAGCUCCGUGGCGGCAACCUGUCCGCCUGGCACAACGACCGGCAUGUGACGUGUCAGGGAGUCGGGCAGGCGGCGGUGGGAAAGGUGGGCGUGUGGGUGAAUUACGAGAAGGGCCAGCUGGUGUUUUACGACGCAGACAACAUGGUGGUCCUGCAGAGGUUCUCGGCAGCCGUGACGCCCGUGUUCGACAGAGCUCACCAUCAGUUCACCGAGCCUCUGCACGCCGCAGUGCGCUUCCUCAAACCACCGGAGAACCAGAUCUGGCACAACCACCUGGAGCUCUGUCAACUCAACAGCCCCUGACCCUGCGGGACACCGCGAGGUGGACUCUGAAGGUCCCUCUAACCAGGAUGUGUUCAAUCUUCUCUGUCCAUUUACACCCUAACAUCAGCUUUGCCAAGAAUGCUUCAAGCCUAAAAAUAAUCUAAAUGAACCAACCUGAAGUCGAUGUCCAGCAGCAGACUCUUCAUCGGCUCGUUUUUGGGCUCCAGGUUUCUCUGCUUGAUCAGCUCAUGAAGUCUGAAACAAUCACCAACAAUCAUUUAUUAUUAGAAUUUAAUAAAAAUGUUUAUAAACUUA